AUGGGGGAACAACAGCCAGGUCCUGCAUCUGUUCCCAAGUCUGAUGAAUUUGUAGUUGUGAAGGAAGGAAAAGCGAAGAUUGGGUUCCAUGGUCCUGUUUUCUAUAAUCCCGUUCAAGAGUUCAAUAGAGAUUUGACAGUCUCAGUUCUGCGCCAGUUUGUGCGGUUACGCAAAGAAUCUCAUUCUAAUGGCGCAAGGGAAGAUGGUGAAGGAGAGCCGAAUGCGAAGAAAAUGAAGCUUAAGGAUGCCAGCUCACAAAAUGGUCCCAUUCGAAUACUGGACGCAUUAUCUGCUAGUGGACUACGAGCUCUGCGGUUUUCUCAGGAGGUGAGAGUUUUCGCUAUCCAUUUUUCGCAAUUCACUGCA